GUCAAGCUUCAACAAGAGCUUUAUUAACACAACCACGUGGGACUGAGCAGAGAGGAUGGUGCAGCCCUCAGGACACAGAGCUAGAGCCAGCCACUGCUCUAGAAGGGCUUGUGUUCCCCCUCCGAAAUGCUGCUGCUGGCUCCAGGCUCCUGGAGCUCAGGGCUGGAAGUAAAGCUGUCCCCACUGAGCAGAUAGAAAGAUGGCAGGUGUCCCACCAGGAAUGGAACUGUGCCCCUAUUGUGGGAAGCCAUUUAAACGACUGAAAUCCCAUUUACCACACUGUAAGAUGGCAGGAGACAGAAACACUGCUUUUGACUCAGGCAAGGUGCUAUAUCCUGACUUGGAAGCAUCUUAUGCCAAGCCAGUUAGACCUCUGGCUCCCGAGAAAAAAAGGGGGCAAAGCAAAGAGAAGAUGACAGGCAUAGACAAUGGCUCAGAAAGAGAAAGUAAGAAAAAAAACCUUGACACAACAGGGAACAAAGCAGAAAGCAAAUUAAAUCCCUUGCAAAGAGGGAAUUUUGCUGGCUCAGAAAUAGCCAGCAGUUUGCCUGCAGAAAAACCAGGUAAAAAUACAAAGCGGCAAAUUAAACUGGCUUCUGAAAAGACCCACCGAGAGGAAGGAAUGAGCCUAGUUCAAGAAGAGGCCAGUAUGCACACAAAAGCAUCAGAGGAUAGAACUUCAGAAGCAAAGCAUGCGAAGAAGUUACCCAAAACCCAAAAAAGCAGAAGUAAAAAUACUUCUGGUGCUGAGAAUUUGGCACCUGGUAGCAUUCUAGAGCCUCCAUCAAAUCAGGAUGAAAAAUCUGCCUUGAAGUUCCCUAGCGACCCAAUAAGAUCUUCUGCAAAACAGAAACAAAGAAAGGUAGGGUCUCCAACACGGGAGGUGGCGGGUCCUUUGGAUUUACCCACUAGUGAGCUUGAAAGUAUUCCUAGGGCAGCUAUUGAGGGAGCUAAAGUAGUUAUUAAGAAUCAUCGUGUCAAAGUGCUAAGAGGUAGGACUGAAUCCAAAAUUCAGGGCUCCCUGGCAGACAGUGCUACCACAGGUAAUUCUACAACCCAGAGAUGUUAUAUGGAAGUACUAGCCCCAGACAGCUCUGAAAGCCAUGCUGCGAUAGUCCAGCCUGACCAUUGGAAGAACGAGAACGUUAUAGGGGCCGUGAACACAAAUGGUUUUCAUUUGGAGCUUGCAGAAAAUAAUACGUUGAGUGCAGAGCGCGAAAAAGGGGAUAGUUUAACAGCAACUGAAAUGCACACACGCACUGAUGACAGGGAGGCCGACUGCCGAAAGAUUCCAGGUUGCCUCACCCCGCUGGACAGAGUGGAUAAAACCGAGACAGAAGAGAAGCAGUUUUACUUAAAUGGGGACGUGGAUUCUAAGGCCGCUUUCUCGGCUUCCCUCAUCGAGAGGCGCCAUUCAGCAAGAGACACUCUUAGUAGAGCCAGCGAAGGCAUAGCCAGCCACUACCUAACCUGUGUGCAACAGCUUCAGAAGGCUGAAAAGCAGAUUGGUUUCCUUUCUGAGCCUGCCCUGAUUGCAGGGAGAAGAAACAGCGAGCUGGCUUUGAAACACCACUUGGUCCACACCUCCGAAAACCAGCCCACUUGUCUGUUCCAGUCUUCUGGCAGAGAUAUACAGGCAAGAUCCAUUGGGCUGGAGUGGUUUCCAGAACUGUAUCCUAAUUAUCAGAGGCUGAGCAUGCUUCCAGGGAGACCUGUUCAAGGGGACACGGAAAUCAAGAUGAAGAAGAUGGAGCCUGGUUUCUUGGAAGGACUGCAAGUUCCCCUUGCAGAAAGGCGUCUGAUGGAUGUGAAACUCAAGGAGCUGCCUGGCUGGCUGGCAGCUUGUGACUUCUCUCCAAAGGGACUGGUCAGAGCAGUGCGGAAAGCCUGGAGCUGUUACUACAACAAAUACAUCGACGUAAAGAAGGGCGGAGCUGCUGGGAUCUCCAUGCUGGUGGCUGGAUAUUGCAUCCUGAGCUAUGGCUGGAGAUAUGAGCAUCUGAAACAGGAUCGCUGGCGCAGACAUCACUAAGGAAGGCACAAGGGCAUUUGAGGAUCAGAGACAGAAAAUACACGACCGCCGGGUGAGACUCCGGCACGGCGCGUACGACCCACUUUCCGGCAGAUCGCACGGCUUUGGAGGCCAGCGCUCUCCUCUGUUUUAAUCAGCUCCGUUAAUUUAUUGCCAAAGGGAAUGUUUUCUAUUUACUCUCCCAUACCGUGUAGUGUUAGCCAGAGGGGCACGUUCUGCAGAGACUGACAGUUUUCUGAGAGCACUAGCAGGAAAUCUGAGCUGAUGUUUAGUACCCGCAGAGCCAGACCUGGAUUAUAGGGCAGAAACUGGAAGAUCAAAACCUGAGAGCUCCUGCUUUUAGCUCAUAUAGCACCUGAAUCUGGUGCCAGAUGUUCUAGGCCCCUGAGAACUUGCAGGGGAGGGGGCAGGGACUACAGGCACCUGCUCCCCCCAUGUUUUAGUUUCAAAGGUGAAUGGCAGGUUCCAGUGUGAAUACUGGGCAGAGGACCCCAGCCAAUAAGACAGGGGUGGGCAAAAUUUUUGCAAUGGCCCUGGGCUGCCCCGGAAGGGGCAGAGCCUCAGGUGGAAGGGGCGGGGCCAGGACAC